CCCGUAUCAAGUGACGCGUUUGCUCGCGGACGGAAGGCCAGUGCUGUACACAAACAACCCCAGAGGUUUUUAAGAGGGAAUAAUUCAUAUUUCGUUCGCUACAGGGAUGCUGUACCGGAAAGGCAGAAGCUGAAAGAGGGAAAAGCUGUCUCGUUCUCACAGAACCAUGGCUUCUGAACUCCACGAAGUCAUUUUUAUGGCCAAGCAAGAGCGGCACAAGAACCUUUUCCUGAACUACAGAAACCUCAACAGCUUCCCCGUAGAGCUCCUCAAAGAUGAAGGGAUGCAGUUCCUGGAGCGUCUCUUCAUGAAGAGAAACUCCCUCACCGCACUUCCAGAAAACCUGGAUCAGAGACUUCCCAACCUGAUAGAAUUGUACCUGCACUCAAACAAUAUUGCGAUAAUUCCUCAAGCGAUUGGCAAUCUAGUGAAGCUGCAGUCACUGGACCUGAGUGACAACGCUCUUCAGGUCAUCUGUCCAGAGAUCGGUCAAGUGCGCUCACUGCGGCAUUUGCGCUUGGCCAACAACCAGCUGAAGUUCCUCCCUCAAGAGCUGGGAGAUCUCCGAGAGCUGGAGACUCUUGACGUGUCCAUGAACCUCCUGAGGACUCUUCCCGAGCGUCUGCACCGGUGUCUGUCCCUGCAGUGCCUGACGGCGGACCGCAACCUGCUCUGCUGCCUUCCUCGUCAGCUCUGUCUGCUGCCCGACCUCAAUGAGCUCUCCAUGGCCGCCAACUGCCUGACUUCACUGCCCCUGGAUCUGGGGCGCUCCAUGGAGCUGCAGUUUGUGUUUGUGGACAACAACGCUCAUCUGAAGGGGCUUCCGUCGUAUCUUUAUAACAAAGUCAUCGGCUGCAGUGGAUGCGGCCUAGCUGCGCAGACCUCUGACGUGAAGCAGCUCUGCCCGACGCUGGGAGACGUGACCGUUCCUCUGCCCUCUGAAGUGAAGGCCAUCGGCUCCGAGACGGAGCGCGUGUUGCCUUUGGAGGAGCUGGCGUGCAGAGUCCUGCAUGCGGCCCACAGCUGGACCGGCAAGGAUGCGAGGUUCCUGACGCCGUUUCUGCUGCCCAAGAGUCUGCUGGAUGUGGUUCGUUGGCCUCUGGGUCACUGUCACCGCUGCAGUCAGCCCAUGUUCACCAUCGUCUACCCUAAACUGUUUCCUCUCAGAGAGACUGCGCUCGCAGGAGUGCACAAGAGAAGCACUGUGAGUUUUGUGGCGUACUGCUGCUCUAGCCGCUGCCUGAGAACGUUUGACCUGCAGGGCUGAUGAUGUCUCGCGUCCGCUUUCACCUUCACGGAGGACUUCACGGAGAACCCACGCCUGCCCGAGCUUCUGAAAACGUUCUUC